UUAAUACCACUGAAUAUGACUGAGAAAAAUCCUAUAUCAGUACUAAACGAAGUGACAAAUGGUAGAGCAGUGUACACAGUUGUUGAUCAAACUGGCCCACCACAUCUACCAACGUUUACAGUGAAAGUGGAAGUUUUUACCGACUCUUAUUAUGGAGUUGGUAAUGCAAAGAAAGCAGCAAAGCUUGCAGCAGCAUUGCAAGCCAUACAAGCGGAAAAAACUAAGAGGAUCUACUUAAAUGGUUUGUUCAAUCAUGAAUAUAUGGUAUGUAAUUAUCAGUUAAAACUUCCUUUGUUCUAUAGGAUUAUAUCCAACGGUAUAGUAAAUGAAAGGGCAAAAACUAAAAAUACCUGUACUAUGCUCUCAGAAACUUCUUUCUCCACAAAACUAAGAGAUAACAUUGUUACAAAGGUUUGCAGGUAUCUGAUCUCGUGGGUAAUAUUUUUUGGGAUUCAGAGGAAGAGGAAAAGUUUGAAGCAGCCACGCAGCCUGUUAAUAAUCAAAUGAUCAGAAGGGACAUCGAUCAGUAUGAUGAUUCGCUGAUUGCGAAAACAAACAUGCAGCUAAUAAAUGGUAUUGGACGUAACCCCGUAUCAGUUCUGAAUGAGCUCAGAAAUGGCGAUGUUGAGUAUAAAUUAGUUGCUCGUUGGGGUCUCGACCACAUUCCAACUUUUAAGGUGAAACUGCAAGUUUCUGAUCACAUAUAUUAUGGAGUUGGAAGAACAAAGAAAGAAGCAAAGUUUGAUGCGGCCAAGCAAGCGGUGGAUGACGCACACACUUGGAAAAAAGCUCAGCAAAAGGAGGAACGGGCAAUCGCAACAAUAACAGACAUGCAACAAACAAAUGGCAUUGAAAGGAAUCCAAUAUCAGUUCUGAAUGAUAUCCAAAAUGGCCUCGAGUAUAGGGUAGUUGAGUAUUUCGGUCCUCCACACCGUCCAACUUUCAAGAUGAACCGGCAGUCGAACGUAUAACAGACAUGCGACAAAUAGAUUACAUUGAAAGGAAUCUAAAGUCAAAUCAACAAAAUGAAGAUUGGUCAAUCGCAAAAAUAACAGACGUACAACAAACAAUAGAUCUCGAAAGGAAUCCAAUAUCAGUUCUGAAUGACAUACAGAAUGGCCUCGAGUAUAGAGUACUUGAGCAUUUUGGGCCUCCACACCGUCCAACUUUCAAGGUACAAGUAGAUUUUCGUGGCCAAACAUACUGCGGCGUUGGUCAAACGAAGAAUGAAGCUAAAAAGAAUGCUGCUUCGGCUGCAUUAAACGCUCUCAAUGGCUGUACGGUGCAAAAUGAUACUUGUUUAGCGCUAGCCGACACUUCCCAUCCCUCCAAGAAACUUAAAACAGAGAUGAGGCAGAUAAAUAUAUCUGAAAAGAAUCCUAUAUCUGUCUUAAAUGAAAUAAAAUUUGGUUUAAAAUAUGAUAUAAUUCAGCAGUCUGGCCCUUCGCACAACCCCACUUUCAAGGUAAAAGUUGACGUUGAUGGUCAAACAUACUACGGUGUCGGAAACUCCAAGAAAGCAGCAAAGAGUGAUGCUGCGAUGCAAGUCCUCAACUCAUUCAUCCAGUUUCCCAUUCCCGGAAUGAUUGUCACUAAUAAUGACACAAUCUGUUUGACGAAAAUGGACUUCACCUCUGACCAAAUGCCCAUCAAACCUGAGAACGCUGCCGCCAAAGCUAACAAAAACAGGAACAUACAGAAAGGUCCAUUGAUGACGUUGAAUGAGCUGUAUCCAAAUGCAGAGAUGACUUGCACCAACAAUGAAUCAGAUCCUUUUGCAAGGUUUCAGGUUACCGUGAAAAUUGGUGGUGAGACGUUUGUUGGAUCAGGCGCCAACAAAAAGUUCGCGAAAAAUGCAGCAGCUGCUAUGGCACUGAGGAAGUUGAUAAAUUAUUCAGCACCUGAACAGUCUGACCCAUUUUGUGGAACAUUCGAUACCGUGCCAAAUGUCAAAAAGGAAGAUUUUGAGAAAGCUGACGCGAUUACCAAAUUGGUGAACGAUAAGUUCCUUGAGGUAAUGGGUAACGACCUAGAUCACAUGAAGAGGAAAGUUCUCGCUGGCAUAGUGAUGAUUAAAGAUGGAGACGUCAAUAAUGCCGAGGUGUUGUCUGUGACAACGGGCACGAAAUGCGUGUCUGGCGAACAUAUCAGCAUCAACGGAGCUUCACUGAACGAUAUGCACGCUGAAAUUCUAUCGAGGAGAUGUCUGAUGAACUAUUUUUAUGAUCAGCUGGAGUUGGUGGCUUCUGGUGGUUCAGCAAAGUCUAUCUUCGAGAAAAGGCCGAACGGUAGCGGCUAUAAACUGAAAGACGGAAUAGAAUUUCACUUGUACAUCAAUACUGCGCCGUGCGGCGAUGCUCGUAUCUUCAGUCCUCACGAGGAGACCGGCAAAGUAGAUAAACAUCCCAACAGAAUUUCUAGGGGGCAGUUGAGGACAAAGAUCGAGUCUGGAGAAGGCACCAUACCAGUUAAAGCAGCCAGUUCGAUCCAGACUUGGGAUGGAAUCAUUCAGGGCGAAAGACUCUUAACUAUGUCUUGUUCCGACAAAAUAUGUAGGUGGAACGUCCUAGGAUUGCAGGGAUCAUUAUUAUCGCAUUUUAUUGAACCAAUCUAUUUGAAAUCCCUUAUAUUGGGAAGCCUGUUCAAGCAUGAUCAUCUUUACAGAGCUAUUUGUGGUCGCAUAGAGAAUACCAUUCAAGGAUUACCCCCACCGUUCAAGCUAAGCAGACCCGAAAUGCUGCCUACUACUUCUAAAGAAGUACGUCACCCGCAUAAAGCUCCGAACUUCGCCGUCAUUUGGAUGAAGGGAUUCCCUAAGCCUGAGAUAGUAAACACCAUGACGGGUAAAAUUGACGAUUCUAUUGUAUCGGCAGUAUCCAAACAAAAGCUUGGCUGCAGAUUUGCUGCGCUGUGCGGAAAGGUGGAUUCUAUUACUAAUAUCAAGACUGCUCCACCGGUUUAUAAUGAAGCUAAGACCGCGGUUGAAGGUUAUGAAGCUGCCAAAGAGAGGCUGAUCGAUUCAUUCAAGAAAGCAGGUCUGGGCAACUGGGUCUGCAAACCGAUAGAACAAGACAUGUUCGAAAUUGCUUAAAGUACUGCUAAAAAUGUGAAGAAUAUGUUGUAGUAUAACUUCGCUAUUCCAUUGUAUGAUUUCGAAUAAUGUUUUAGUUUCAUUGCUCCAGUAGAUAAGGUUUAUUUGAUUUAGCGAAACAAACUCAAGAUGUAUCAACCUCGACAGUAUUUGAAAAUAAAUUAAGAUAUAGAAACAAAGCAAACUG